GCUGCAUGGCAUAAUGCUCCUUAUUUACAAUGUUUUGGAGAUGGAAAGAAUAUUAUUCCAACAAUUCACAUAAAAGAUCUUGCUGCAGUGAUACAGAAUGUAGUGGACUCGAGACCCAAAGUUCGCUACAUAAUAGCAAAGGAUGAAGCUCAGAGCACACAAGAGGAUAUUGUUAAGGCAAUCAGUCAAAACCUAGGUUCUAAAAGAGUAAAGUACAUUUCUAAAGAAGAGGCUUUACUUUGCAAGGAUAUAGAGCAAGCAGAUUUUGACAUGGUGCUGGUGAACCUUAGAAUGGAUGCUGUAUUUGUAAAAGAGAGCAUGCAUAUCAACUGGGUUUCUGAGGCAGGUAUCGUUGAAAAUAUUCAAUCCCUCAUCAAAGAAUACAAAAUCUCCAGGAGUCUUCAGCCUCUUCGUGCAGUGAUCUUAGGUCCUCCUGCAUCAGGAAAGACAACCGUCACCAAACAGUUGUGUGAUUUUUACAAACUUCAUCAUAUAUUGAUCAAGGAGAUCAUUGAUGAAGGGUUGAAGAACCUGAAGGCUAAAACCAGGCGACAAGAAAGUGAGAAUAUGGAGGAAGAGGAUGAAGAAACUGGAAUACAAGAAGCCCAGGAAUUACUGGACCAGAUCAAUGAGAGCAAAGAGAACAAUGGUGGUCGCAUUGAGGAUCACUUUGUUAUUAAUUUUCUUCGUGAUAAACUAACAUCUAUGCCAUGUCAGAAUCAAGGAUUUAUAUUAGAUGGAUACCCUAAAACUAUUGCGCAAGCAAAAGAACUUUUCACAGUUUCCCCUGAAGGUGAUGAGGAACCCAGCAGUGAAGAAUCUGUGAAGUUUAAUACACUGAUCAUGCCAGAAUUUGUUAUCAGCUUAGAGGCCAGCGAUGAUUUUCUCAAACAUCGAGUCAUGAACCUGUCAGAAUCUGUUGUUGCGGAUACUCACAAUACAGAAAAGGAAUUAUUGCGUCGUCUUGCAGAGUACAGGGCAGUAAACACUGAUGAUGACAGUGUACUUAGUUACUUUGAUGAGCUUGAGUUUCUGCCAGAGAAAAUUGAUGUCACAAAGGAUACUUCUGAAAUGAUGAAGGACACUGUAGAAAAGAUUAAGAAAAUCUUUGGUAAUACAAGGAAUUAUGGACUAACACCUGAGGAACUUGAGAAAAAUAUACAGACUGAAAUGGAGAUUAAAAUAAAGAAAGAAGCUGAAGAAAAGGCUGAAAGGGAAAAACAAGAAGCAGAGGAACUUCAAGAAAGGAAAAGAAGGCAGGAGGAAUGGUCUCAACGUCUCACUGAAGUGAAAAGGGAAGAGUUUGAACUCCUGGAGGCCCAGUCAAUUCCUUUGAGAAACUAUUUGAUGAAACAUGUGAUGCCAACCUUAACCCAGGCCCUAAUUGACUGUUGUAAGACAAGACCAGAAGACCCCAUCGAUUAUUUGGCAGAGUAUCUGUUUCAACACAACCCUCAAGUUGACUGA